AUGCUGGGAAUGAUAUUUUCCUCGUUCCUAUCUACAAUGGUCGGAGGCCUUGGUCCCUUUGCUUUGUUUGGUAAACUUAUAUAACUUUUACCUCUUCAUUUAGGCUGUCUGUUUUUUAUAUUUGCCUUGCUGUAGAAUCACAUUAUUCACUUUGUGGAAUUUGAAGACCAUUCAACAGAGAUAUUUAACAUUCAAGUUACCAAUAUUUAUUAGCAGCCCUUCAUUACUCAUUAGUACUCUGUCAAAAGAUACUCCUCCUCCUCUCUACUAGAAGAGGAGGCCGCCAGCAAAAAUAUGAUAAGCAAUAGUGAUAAUCAAGGGAAAGCAAAGAAAAAGAAGAAGUAUGACAAUGUGAACUACAGAGAAGUGUUAAAGAACCGUAGGGCAAUAUUUGGAUUUUUCAGUAUAGCUCUAAGUUUGUCACUGUGGACAUUCAUCGAUACUACUCUUACUAAUAAACUAUAGCUUGAUUUUAAUCUGACAGCGAAUGUUGUUUGUCUUUUCUAUAGUAUUCAGUGUGCCGGGUUUCUUAUGACUUCUCCAUUAAUGCAUAAAUUUAUCUAGAGAUCAGAUCCCAUGAAAAUGAUAAUAAUUGCUUUUAUGCUCUAAGGAGUGGCAGUGUUCCUUAUGGGUCCAUCUUAAAAGCUGAAUAUACCAAACAGAAUGAUAUUCACAGCAAUAGGUCUAGGAAUUGCAGGAUUUAGUGCACCAUUUAUAACAAUUCCUAGCUAUCCUGAGCUUAGACAUGCCAUGAUAAACAAUGAAGAUGGAAAGAGGUAUGAUCCUGACUAGCUGAGCAAUAUACUUUCUGGAUUAUUCAAUUCAGCCUUCUCACUUGGAACUAUAGUUGGUCCAAUAACUGCUUCAUAUAUCACUUUGGCUACUAACUUCAGAAACUGCUGUGAUAUAAUUGCAGGGACAACAGUAAUUUUCGCACUACUCUACCUCUUGGUAGUUUACAUUCCUUACAGGUUAAAAUCAUACAGAGAAGAAAAAUUAAGAGAUGAAUAGCAUAAAUAACAACUGGUUGAAAUGUAGUCAUCUACUAAUCCAACAGGAGGUGUGUGA